AUGAUCUGUAGCCUUGUGUGCCCCCAGAUAAUGUUAUACCGGGUUGUAGUGACCUCCCUUCAUCUCCUUGCUGUUGUGUUGUGUAGAUUUGUACUGACAUCUCAUACACCGAUUGGAGAAUUGUGUGUGCUCCUCUUGUGUGUGACGCCUUGUACCACCGAGAACCCAGGAGCGGCACCAACCAACGUGCCGGAGGCGGCCGCCGUGCAUGAAGACUACGAGUAUUAUCAGGAUGGGGACGUCAUCAUCGGAGGGGUCUUCACCGUCAAUAGUCUUUUAAGAGGAGCGUACUACGAAUCUCUAGCUAUAUCCAAAAUGUUUACUGUAAUGUGGUGCUUAAAUCCUCAGCCACACUUUUAUAAGGAUCUGUUGACUUUCUUUUUUGCCAUUGAUGAAAUUAACAAGAACCCUACAAUGUUACCAAAUAUUACUCUUGGAUAUCACCUGUAUGACUCCUGUGCGGAAACCAGGAAGGCGAUAAAAAACACAUUGCAGAUUUUAUCCGGACCGGGAAAGAUGGUCCCAAAUUUCUCCUGCAGGGAACGUAAAAAAAUACUGGGCUUCAUUGGAGACCAGAGCUCUGCAACCACCACAUCUAUAGCACAGAUAUUGGGUUUAUAUCGCUACGUACAGAUCAGUUAUGGCGCAACCUGUCCAACACUGAAAGACAAGAGCGUUUUCCCAACCUUGUUCCGGAUGGUACGAAACGAUUUUGUCAUUUAUUCUAACUUGGCUCAAAUGCUGAAGCACUUUGGAUGGAACUGGAUAGGAAUUAUUAGCUCUACUGAUGACAGCGGGAGAGAAGAGUUCAUGGUUUUAAGGAGAGUCAUGAGAGGUUUUAUAGAUGACAAAACAAUCAUCCUUGACCCUACUUGGGCAACAAACAUUCCCCUCCUUGGUAAACACCCGGAAAUAUUUAAUUGUAGUUUGUCCUUUGGGGCCAAGUCCACAAAUAUUGAGGAAUUUCAGAACUUUGCUAAUGAAUUCCAACCUCAUAAGAAACCAAAAGACAAAUUACUUGAAGAUCUGUGGAUGAGUGAAUUUGGUUGUUCUUCUGUAGAUAAACGCAAAAAUCGUCACUUUGAAAAUCUAUUUAAAAGGUCACUUCAUGAGUGCAAUGGCACAGAACACAUUACUGAUAUCCAACACUUAUUCCAUGGCGGUAAUGCCCACCAAGUGUAUCACGCGGUUUACUCUAUGGCCACCGCCUUACAUGAUAUGCUUGGAUUCAUGAAGACGCAAACAUCUGGAAGUCAGUUAUUUAGCUUUAAACACCAGAAGUUGCACCGAUAUAUAGAAGCUUCUUACUACUUCUCAGAAAACACUUCACAUAAAUACUUUAACGAAGACAGAGAAUUUGUGACGCAAUAUGUUAUCCAAAACCAUUUAUUAGUCAACAAAACUAUUCUCACUAAUGACGUUGGAUUAUUUGAGCAAUCUAAUUCCAGUGAUCAGAACAUUUUUAUCAAUGCAAGUUUAAUAAAAUGGAAGAAUGAGCAAAAAGAAAUCCCGAGAUCGCAGUGUUCUGAAGACUGUUUACCUGGAAACAGAGAAGUGCCGAGCUCCAAUGUUCAUGAAUGUUGUCAUGAUUGUGUCCCGUGCUCAGAAGGAGAGAUGUCCAAUGAAACAGGAAGUGAGAACUGCAUGACGUGUCUGGACCACGAAUGGCCAAACAAGAACAAAACUGAAUGUAAUCCCAAGCAGAUCGAGUUUUUGUCUUAUACUGAGAGCCUGUCUUUAUUUUUCAUGGUUAUCUCUUUGUUCCUUUGCAUUAUAACUUUUCUGAUAAUGACUGUAUUUAUCUCAUAUGGAGAUACCCCCAUCGUCAGAGCCAAUAACAAGAGCCUCAGCUUUGUCCUCCUGGUCUCCAUCAUGUUGGGUUUCCUCUGUGUGUUCCUCUUCCUGGGUCGUCCCCUGGAUACAACCUGCCGGCUACGCCAAACAUCUUUCGGAUUUCUUUUUACCAUAGCGGUCUCCUCUGUGUUGGGCAAGACUGUAAUGGUCUGGCUUGCUUUCAAAGCCACCAAACCGGGCAGUGUGUGGAAAAAAUGGGUUGGAGUAAAGCUGCCCAAUUUUGUCGUCUUCAUCUGCUCAUCAAUCCAAGUUUUAAUCUGCAUCGCAUGGUUGUCGGCCUCUCCCCCCUUCCAGGAGUUGGACAAACGAUCAUAUCAAACCAAGAUCAUCGUUCAGUGUAAUGAAGGGUCAGUUGUCGGGUUCUACUCUGUCCUGGGGUAUAUGGGGAUCCUGGCUGCUGUCAGUUUUGUUACAGCGUUUUUAGCCAGGACAUUACCGGACAGUUUUAAUGAAGCCAAAUACAUCACCUUCAGCAUGCUGGUGUUCUGCAGUGUCUGGAUUGCCAUGAUCCCGGCCUAUCUGAGCACCAAAGGGAAAUAUAUGGUGGCUGUGGAGAUAUUCGCCAUCCUGACCUCAAAUGCUGGACUUUUAGGUUGUAUAUUUUUUCCAAAGUGCUACAUAAUGAUUUGUCACCCUGAUUUAAAUUCAAGGAAGCUUUUGCUUGACAACAGAAAAAUGCCAUAAAUCGAUCCCAUAGCUUGUAGACUCCAUAACUCUUGCACAAACCAAUAAAUUUACGCUUA